CCACUGAAAGGUUCCUGCGCAUGUGCUGGUUGAUGCUUGUCCUUUAGACCAAGCUGCUGUCCCAGUGGGCUCUCUGUCUGCAACACGGGAGACCUUUCUAGUCGUGUUUUGACCUCUUCGCAUGGUUUCUAAUCCGGUAGCCCCCAGGAGGCUGAGAUGACGGCUCGCGGCACUCCUAGUCGUUUUUUGCAGAGUGUUCUUCAGAACGGAGCGGGGCGGUAUGUGUGCCAGCUGAAGCGCGUCUCUCUCAUGUUCUCCAAGAAAGGCCAGAGUUCUUUAGGGGUCAGGGAAUUCAUUGAGGAUGGGGUAGUUGACUUUGCAAAGAAGAACCCAGGAAUUGUUGUCUACGUCUCUCCUCAGUCUUGCAGAAUUCCCAAAAUAGUCGCCGAAUAUCUCAAUGGUAACGUGAGGGAAGAGCUGGUCACCAACAAAACAUCACAGCAGAUUACCGAACUGAUUAUGAAACUGUCCAACCAGUCAGGUCUGGACAUCAUCCGCAUCCGAAAGCCCUUCCACACAGACAGCCCUAGCAUCCAGGGUCAGUGGCAUCCCUUUACCAACCGGCCACCAAGCAGAGAUCCGAUUGGACCACAGGCAAAAUGAGGACUUUGUCAUUGUAGUUCUAUUUAUACUGUGUUGGCUGUUUAGCCAGCUUGUGUAAAGGAAUGUAUUCCUUUUGGUUACAAACAUUUUUUUCACAGGACUCUGUUAGUGUUUUAAAUAUAUAAUGAGGAACCUGGUUAAUGCAUUUUGGAGAAUGUUUUGCUUGAAUACAGUGAGAGAAAUGAAAACAGAGAUUUGGCCCGACUAA